AUGGCUCCCGAUCAAGCCUCUGUCGGAAACCUCUUCCUUGCCUUCAAGUGUCCAAAAGAUCGUGGCCGUGCCCUGGAGCCGGAGCUGAUCGGGGCCUCGCCGGCCGGCAUUCGCGCGCAACUGGGGGAAGAGUUCCGGCGCAUGCGCCAGGCAGACUACGAGGCCGAGUACCGGGAGGCAUUGCACAGUAUCCGCGACACCGUCUACGAGGUGGAGGGACCGAGCAUGCGCGAGGAGAUGAAGGCGCAGCUUCGCCAGUGGUUCAUCGAGUGCCAUGACCUGACUGGCCGCUUCCCCGACUUCCCGGAGGAGGCGAUUGGAGGCUCCAGAAUCCUCUUUGCCCAAAAGACCCCGGAAGAGGUGAGGGCUGAGCUAGACCUGGCGGAGAUCAAGGUGGACAAGAAGAAGAAGAAGAAGGACAAGGAGAAAGGGAAGGAGAAAGCCAAGGAGGGGGAAAAGAAAAAAGGGAAGGAGAAGAAAUCGGAGGAAGACGAAGGACUGAAGCUCUCCCCCUCCAAGUUCCUGACCGCUAUUGACCAAGGCUUCCAGGAAUACACAGAAAUGGCUGCUCCACAUAUAUACGAAGCCGAACUCAUCCGGGCCGAGAAGCAGAAAGAGGUGGCGGCCGAGAUACGGCUGCAGGUGGAUGAGUUGAUGCGCGAGGAACUUCAGACUCUGCGGCUGGCUGUGGACCUGGAAGAAAGCAAAGCUGGCAAGCCCCCCAAGGCCAAGAAGAGUGCCAAGAAGAAAGGGAAGAAAGGCAAAAAGGAGAAAGAUCUUACGCCUGACAGGUCCAUUGACUCUCUCUAUGAGGAGCUGGCACUGCAGGGCAUCCUCAGGAAGCCUCCGAAAGUGCCGCUGACUGACUACUCAGGAGACUUCUGUUACUUGGGCACCACAUUGCGCCAGGCAGAGACGGAGCCGAUACCUUCUAUGCUAGAUGUGCGGCAGAACAUAGCUCUCUAUGCCAUCUUGCGUCUCGGCUCCCCAACCGUGCAUGAGUUGGCACCCCUGGUGAGAUCCAUCCUUCUCGUGGGUCCAGCGGGCACCGGGAAGAAGAUGCUGGUUCAUGCUGUGUGCACUGAGACGGGUGCCAACCUUUUUGACCUCUCGCCAGACAACCUGGCUGGAAAGUAUCCAGGCAAGAGUGGCCUCCAGAUGUUGACGCACCUAGUGUUGAAGGUGGCCCGAGCCCUGCAGCCUUCGGUCCUCUGGGUGGGGAAUGAAAAACAGGGGGAGGAGAGCCCCAAGGGAAGAGGUCGCAGCCCCUCAGGUCAAUUGGACCCCAAGCGCCUGAGGAAGGACCUGCCCAAGGCCCUGAACCUGCUGACGGCUGCGGACAGAGUGCUGCUGAUGGGCACCUCCAGCAGGCCCUACCUGGCGGACGUCAGGGGUCUCUGCAAGGCCUACGAGAGAAUCCUGCUCAUCCCCCGGCCGGACUAUGCUUCGCGCUAUGUGACCUGGCAACGGCUCAUCGUGAAGCAGGGCGGCGCCCUGGCGGGCUCCCUGGACCUGAGCGCCCUGGCCAAGGUGUCUGACGGCUACAGCCAAGGCAGCCUGGUGGAGGCGGUGCAGGCCGUGCUGAGCGAGAGGCGCCUCCUGCAGCUGCCCAAGCGGCCACUGGUGGCCGGCGAGUUCCUGCAGAUGCUGGCCAGGUCGGAGCCCAUCUACCCGGAGGAGGAGGAGAUGCUGAAGGUACCCGCUUGGCCCUCUCUCUUCCAUGCGUUCUCACCUGCCCACGCGCCAGGGCUGGAAGCGGGUGCGAGUCUCACUUCUGCAGGACAGGAGCAAAUGUAUGGAGGAGCUCGGGAAUCGUCCUGCAUCGAGCAAGUCGGCACUUGGCUUACUGGGAAAGAAAAGGCGCUUGAUGUCGGAAAGAAAAGGCCUGUUGGUGGAUUUAAGGGGGAUGCACAACUGCUGGAUUUCUUCUGUACCUGCGCUCCUUACCUGCUGCCUGAGCUGCUGUCGCCAACCGAGUGCCCGCGGCGGGAGAAGGGGAGGGGCCUGCCCGGGCCUGCCCAGAGCUGGAGAGGCCGCCUCAAGGAGCCGCUGGAGUGCCAAGACGUGGUGGUCCAGAACGCCCUGUACACAGGGGACCUGUGUUGUAGUUUUUAA